GACCUCUUACACCCUCUCACCUUGGCGGUGAAUGGUCGGAUCGCAUGCGGAUUCUUGUAUCACGUCCCUGGCCGAUGAUUUCAUAUAUCAUCUUUUAUUGGAUGACACAGAAGAAACACUAGCCUGCUUUUCCCAAAUCGAAGAACGAUGGCUAAUCCAAAGGCUUGGGUCAUGAGAUUGUCUUUCGAGAGCGGUUUUUACCUUCUAGACCACGCAUAUGCAUAUGAUACAACAGCCUAUCAUUCCCCUCGCAAUCUGCUAAUGCGGAGAUUCGUUGGCUCCUCAAUGCGACACAGACAUGGCAAUGUGACUGAACAGCAGAUCUCGGUUUGUCCGAGAGACACAUGUAAAACAUACGCAGGUGAUGAAUCUGGUGACAAAGGGGAACUAAGGAAACGAAACUACGUCGUAUAAGCUCAGCUCCGGGGAGCAUCAAAUAGAGCAACAUCGACGUUUACGUGGUGGUCAGUUGUGGCCUCAUCCACCUACUCUCCAGCUAUGUAUUCUAUACAUCUCUGCGCAUUAUUAUUCACGUCGUUCGCCUGCAGCGCAUUUGCAGCGAAUUAUCAGCUUUCAGAUAACCACGUGGGGUCAGAUUUUCUAUCCUCCUUCGUCCAUGAAGCUAUAGCCGACCCUACACAUGGCCGAGUUACAUAUGUCGAUCAAGCAACUGCCAUCGCUCAGAAUCUCACCUUCGCUUCAGGAGACACGCUGAUCAUGCGAGCCGAUUCUACCACUAGGCUUGCCCCAUCUGACGCUGGAAGAAAAAGCGUUCGAAUCCGCAGUGUCAAGACAUACACAACUCAUGUUACAGUGUUUGAUAUUCGUCAUAUGCCUCAGGGUUGUGGUACCUGGCCAGCUGCAUGGGAAAUCGGAGAUGAUUGGCCUAAUUUGGUGGAAAAUCCAACCUACUACAGGCUCGAAGGCGUCAACGACCAGUCUCCAAACGCCAUGACACUGCAUACUAGUGCAAACUGCAAUAUGCCUGCCUCUCGUGACGAGACCGGCACACCUACAGGAAACAACUGUGAUGUUAACACAAGCGGCAACACAGGGUGUGGCGUGCAAGCACCGACUGCUGACAGCUACGGCCCGGCGUUUAAUGCCAUUGGCGGGGGUUGGUACGCUAUGGAGAGAACAACAACGUUUAUCAAGGUUUGGUUCUGGGGUCGCAACUCUGGAAAUGUGCCUUCGGACGUCAGAAACGGAGGUGGUUCAGUUAACACUGAUGCAUGGGGCACACCAACCGCUUUCUUUCCCAACUCUCAAUGUGAUAUCAAUUCACAUUUCGGGCCCAACGAGAUCGUUAUUAACCUGACAUUCUGUGGAGAUUGGGCUGGUCAGUCAGGUGUAUUCAACGGUGCCGGAUGCCCUGGUGACUGCACCACCUUCGUGGACGAGAAUCCAAGCGCAUUCGUUAACGCUUUCUGGAAUAUUGCUGCUGUCCGCGUCUACACAUAACAAGCAAAGCCCGAUUUUCUUUCAUUACUCCGUUUCCCAGAGAAUGUUCUGGUCGUGUUGAUAUCAUCGAGAUACUUCGUUGCCUGUCACAGCUUACGAAAACAACUGUGGAAAUAUUUGUCC